ACCCUCUAUCAGCACCAACAUGGUGGCGUCGGAUCCUGCUACCCUUCCACAUUGCCGAUGGACGAUGUGUGCAUCGGACACGGUGAUUCGGGACAACUAAGCUUUCUUAUGAUCCAUUGUGGCUUGCAAAAUAUGGCCCUGGUAACUAACGUGGUCUUGACAGCUGCUCAGGAACACUCACAGGCAGGCAGGAUAAAACCUCCCAUGUUCCUCGCUCCUCAAGAAGAAGCAAACACAUCUAUCCAUCAAUCUGAACUGCGCGGGGUUUCAACUGAUACGUUCUGAUCCUCUUCUCAAACUAAACGCCAUCUUGUCUCGUCGUAACUCACUCGCCAGAUCAAGCAACGCCUUCAUCACUAAACCGACCGUCUCGCAAUCUCGCAUCCGUACUCGGGCCCGUCCCAUCUCCACCACACCCGUCCCAUCACAUCACGGACCGCCUGACAGCAUGUCGUCCACCAACGUCAAGACCGUUCUCUUCCUUGGAGCCACAGGAGGAUGUGGCUUGUCGGCUCUGCGCCGGUCUCUGGAUGCCGGCUUCACGUGCAUCGCCCUGUGCCGCACCCCGUCCAAGCUGACCUCCCUUCUGCCGUCCGAGAAGUAUCCAAAUCUGCGCGUCGAGCAGGGCAACGCCCACGACGCUGGCGAAGUCGCCCGCCAUGUCUUGUCACCUCUUGACCCAACCCGCUUCGUCGACGCCGUCGUCUCCUGCAUCGGCGCCUGGUUCGACAUGCGGAAGAUGAACCUCGAAGACGUUCACGUAUGCGAAAAGGGCAUGGCCGUCUUGCUCAAUGUCAUCAAGAACCUGCGCACCGAGAAAGGCGUCUCUGGAAGCCCACGCAUCAUCGGACUCAGCAGUACGGGUAUCUCCAAGUUUGGGAGGGACACGCCUCUUCUUGUUGCGCCGCUCUACAAGGGCCUGUUGCACACACCUCAUGAAGACAAGCGCGCCAUGGAGGAGCUGCUGUUCGCAAGCAACGAGGCCUGGUCUGUUAUCCGCGCCAGCUUCCUCACCAACGGCAUAGAGCAGCCGUCCAGUGCCGUCCGGGUUGGUAUCGAGGACCCUGUUGAGGGCGUGGAAGAGCUUGCUAUUGGGUAUUACAUUGCUCGUGAGGAUGUUGGCAAGUGGAUAUUUGAGAACGUUCUUCAAAAGGAUGGCAACGAUGGGUUCGUCCGCAAAGUAGUGACUGUCACUUACUAAGCGGGCUGCUCCUCACACUUCUUCUUAUCUUCUUUCUUUUGUUGGGUUGCUAGACCGAUUUGCUCAAUACCCUGUCUUGUACGCGCGACUUUACACGCCCUUCACCAGUAGACUGGAACCAUGUCAGCUAUCAUCAGCCAUGAUCAAGACGUAUGUAGUUGUUCAUUUUCUAAUUACUAUCAACACCAGCUUCUCCAUCCGAGCCCGCCUAUUUUUAAUUCCAUCCAUCCAUCCAUCCAUCCAUACAUCCUAUUGGUGCUGUAUGAGUCUUGGUGGCGAACCCAAGAUGCACUCUAUGCCU